AUGGAGGCAUGUGCUCAGUACCUGCUCCCUUUUAAAAACCAGGAAGAGCUGCUCACUGAGUCAGAGGAGGAGCCCGACGCCUUCCUCUGGCCCACACCUCACUUCCUCUUUCAGGCUGCCCCAUUUUCUGAAACUCGAGCUGGUUGUGUAGAAGUGGAGCGGGAGGAAAUGGCUGCUCUGAGGUCUCUGAGCUUCUGCCUGCUGGCUGUGGGCCUCCUGCUGCCGGCUGCUUCCACAGAACAGAGAAUCACAGCUGAAGCUGGACAGGACUCAGUCACUCUGCCAUGUAGUGCUGAAAAGGAGAAAAGGAUAUCGACUGUGGAGUGGAGCAUACCUGAUCUGGAUCCAGAUACUGUUCUUUACUACAUAGAUGGUCACUUUCUUCCAGACCGCCAGCAUCCAUCCUUCAGGAACCGGGUGGAUCUGCAGGACAGACAGAUGAAGGAAGGAAACGCGUCUCUAAUUCUGAAGGAUGUGACGAUGAAUGAUAUAGGAACAUAUAAGUGUGUUAUUCAGAGUAAAGGAGAUAUGGGGUUUUUCUUUGAAACCUUCAUCUAUCUGGACGUAACUCCUCCAGGGAAAGCUCCGCCCACCUCCGAAGCCCCGCCCACCUCUGGAGCCCCGCCCCCUGACUCCUCACCCCACCACUUUGGGCUCAUGCUGCUCCUCCGCCUGCUGGUGUUCUGCCCCUACUUCAUCUCCACCCUCCUCCUGGUGUCUGUGUACCGACUCAGAGCCAAAGAAGGUAAACAGCUCGUCUCCAUGACGACGGCCCCGCCCCUCCAGGCUGAGCCGGGAUUGGUCGAUGACUACGAUGACGUCACCACAGAGCAUCACUUCUGA